GCAUUAACAGAAGGUUGGUUAGGAGAGUUUAAUUACUUUUGCGAGCCUAUCGAUUAUUCGAAUACUCCAAAGGCCAUAAAGGUCACCAGAUUGUGCUGGUCGUAUUUCUUAAUCAAGAUACUGGAUUUGAUGGACACCAUCUUUUUCGUACUCAGAAAAAAGCAGAACCAAGUGACGUUUCUUCACCUGUAUCAUCACAUUGGCAUCUUAAUGGGUGCUUGGGGUGCCGUUAAAUAUCUGCCUGGUGGUCAUGUUACUUUCCUAGGAUUACUUAAUACAUUUGUUCACGUAAUAAUGUACACGCACUAUCUGCUAACGUCCAUGAAGAUAAACACAGGCUCGUGGAAGAAGUACAUCACUCAGCUGCAGCUGGUCCAAUUUUUCCUGAUUACUUUACGCUAUUUACAGUUAGCCUGGGUGAAAGAUUGCGGCUUUCCAAUGUGGCCGGCGUAUGUAAUGGUACCGCAGAAUUUGUUCAUGAUGAUAUUAUUUGGAGACUUUUAUUAUAAAGCAUACGUCAAGAAAAAACCAGCGAUCAAAACAACAACAACAAAUACGAAAAUAAACGGUGUCAUCGCUGAAAUCUCGAAUGGAAAAUCGAAAGAGCAGUAGAUUCGAAAUGCAUUAUCUCGUUUAAUGCUUGAUCUUUUUUUACUUUAUUUUAUUAUUCACAUUGUUACAAACGUUUGUCAAAAUUAAAUAUUAAUUACUCGCGAUUCAUAAAGAUGAUCUAAUCAGAUUAUUAUUUCACGCUUGUUAUGUUAGUUCGAAAUAUCUUUAAUGCACCAAAUAUUUCGUAUCUCCAUUUUGAUCAAUCUAUUACAUUACGCAACAAAAAAUAAAAUAGUAAAUACUAGAACAAAAGUAAUCAUUUCUCGUAGUUCUUCGGGCACUAAAUUAUAUGCGCCAUCUACCAUUUACCAAAUUGCUCUAUCAAGUCACAAUUUUGAGAAAUUUGUUUGCUAUAUAUCGUCAUAUUGGAAAAAUAACACGCAAAUCAUUAACAUCUAAAAUUAAGAGACUGUUUUCCUAUAAAAUUAAAAAUAAUAACAAUUUAUUUGCAUAAUACAAUAGUAAAAAUGACUAUAAAAUAAUUUUUCGCAAUUAUACUUUCUCACAUCUACAGCUUUUCGCUGAUAAUAACAAAUUUUAUAGCACAUAUUUCAUUGCAACAAUGUCAUAUAAUUGUAACUCAACUAAUCAAUAUGUAUAAAAUAGGUACAGAAAUAUCUAAGAUGUAAUAUGGGCGAUAGGAGCAUAGUGUAUGCAUUUAUAUAUAUAAAAACUGUACUUAUAUAUAGGUAUAUAUUUUUUUUAUUUUUCUUUGAUAAAUACAACUUACUUUUAGUAUUAUUUUUCAACUACUAUAUAUAUAAUAGUUGGUAAACAAUGUUAACUAAAACGUGAGUUAUAUUAAAUAUACAUAUACAUAUAUACAUAUAUUUUAUAUUCGUCCAAUUAUUAUUAUAUAAUAACAAUAUUAACAGGUUUUGCAACAUUGUACGAAAUAUGAUAAACAUUAAAGUUAAUUAAAGUUAAGAGAGAGAUAA